AUGCCAAAAGAAGUUAAAUCAAAAUCACUUCAUAUUAAAUCAUCAGCUAGAAAAGAAGAUGAAUUUGCUAAAGCUGAAAAAACAUCAUUUGUAUCAGUACCAAACUUUAAAUUAGAUACCAGCAUCAUCAAUGAAGCAUUCAAAUCAUUAAAUAAAAAUAUAAUACCAAGUGGUAAUUUAGAUUAUAGCAAAAAUGAAAAUAUCGAUCAUAGCACCACCACUACAACAGAUACAGCAGAUAGAAGACCACAAUUACAAUCAAAGAAAGAAAAAAGAAAACAAAAAAAAGAAGCAUUUUUAUCAAAAUUCAACCCAUCCUCAACUUUAAAUUUAAAAAAUAAUAAAAACAGUAAUAAUAAUGAUAAUGAAGAAGAAGACGACGAAGAAAAUGAAAAUAUGGGAUUAUCAGGUGUUAUGUCAUCAAUUAAUUUAUUAAAAGACUCAAUGAAAUUACAACCAAAGACCAAAGGACCAAAACUAACAAACGAAAAGAGAAAGAAAAUAUCACAAAAAGAAUUAAGUCAAUAUAAAAAUGUUUUAGCACAUCCACAAUUUCAAAGCAAUCCAUUUGCAACAUUACAAGAACAUCUUGCAAAUAGUGUAGCUUUACAAAACCAAAAAAUUAAACAAGAAGAAGAUUUUAAAAAGCAAAACCAACCAAGAAAAAAUAAAAAUAAAAUGAUGAAUUAA